AUGGAAGACGAUGAUGAUUUUGAUCCAAAUGCUGAAAAAACUAUGUUCAACAUCAAAUAUUCAAGUAUUAAAGAUAUAAGAGAACUCAAUAAUAUAUAAAUGUUAAGUUUAAGAAUAAUGCAUAGUCCAGAUCUCAUUUCAAUGCAAGUAUUAAUAUUUCUUAUUAUUUAGGGAAUUGAAUAAUUUAGAUAACUUAAAUAAUUAAAUCUAUCAUAAAAUUCAAUCUAGACUAUGAAUCUUAAAACUUUAAAUCAACUUGAAGUUUUAAAUUUGUAAUCGAAUAGAAUCAAAGUAAUUAACUGUGAAGGUUUACGAUCUUUGAGGGUUCUUAAUUUAUCUUAUAAUUUGAUAUCCUUAUUGGGACCAUUAUAAAUUGUAUGAGAAUUGAACUUAUUCUAGUUCACACAAUAAGGCUAUUAACUGCAAUCAUUGGAUUUAAGAAGCAAUAGCAUAGCUGAUUUAAAUGAACUUAAAUACUUGUAAGGACUCAAUUUAUAGGAUGUGUUCUUUAAUAGUGAUAGAAGAAAGAAUCCUAUUUGCGAUAACAUAAAUUUAUAUUAUAAAUGUAUCAUCAAAUAUGUACCCUAAAUUAUUCAUGUUGACAAUAAAACUAAAAAUGAAUUCUAAGAAAAUAAUGCAGAUGCUUCUAAUAAUGUUACUUUUAAAAUACCAAAAUAGUAAGCAAAUAUUGAAAAAGAGGCAGAAAUGAGGGUAGAAGUGAUUUAAUUAUAAUAAAAAGUGAAGGACUUAACAUAAUAAAAUAAGGAAAUUAUUUAUAAAUUUGAAUGUAAUGAAAAAUAUUGGAGCAGUAAAUGUUCUAAUUUAGAGAGAGAAAUUAUUGAUUUAAAUAAAUUCAAUUAAGAAUUAAAUCAAGAAAAUAAAAGAUUUAGAAGAGAAAUAGAAUCCUUAAAUGAAUAAAACGAAUAUGAUAAGUAAUAAUAAAAAGAUUUGGUUAACAAAAAAGAAAGAAAAGAUGAAUUAAUAACUUAAUUAUAAAAUAAAAUAAGUGAAUUGCUUUAGUUAAAUGGUUAAUUAAGUAAAGAAAAUCAAAUCUUAAUUGAACAAUAAAAUGUUAAUAAAGUAAAAGAUUAAGAAAAGGAUUUUAAGAUCUCAGAAUAUAAAAUUUAAUUGAAAGAAGCUGAAAAACAAUUACAAGAAUUUCAUAAGAAUGCAGUAGAGCAAGCUAGUUAAACAUUAAUGAGAUAGGAACAAUUACAAUCAAAAUCAGAAUAAGUUAAUUAAGAGUAUAAAUUUGAUAUUAACUUAGAAAUCGAGCAUUAUAUUAAGAUAAUUCAUAAUUAAAAAGGAGAAUUUAAGAAUUAUUGGAAAUAUGUAGAGAAUGGGAAGUUAAAUUUGAAAGUUCUUAAAAAGAAAGUGAAUAAAAUCUUUAGAUUUAAUUAUAGUAAAUAGUUCAUGAAUAUGAAUAAAAGAUAUAAAUUUAAUCAAAUUCAUAUGAAUAGUAAUUACAGGAUUUGGAAACAGAAAGCAAAUUAAUGUAAGAUUAGUUAGAAAAUGAAUUUAGAAAUGUAUUUUAAGAAAAUAUGGUAUAAAUAUAAUAGUAGAUUAGGAAAAAUUUAAAUAAUUAAAGUAAUAAUUAGAUGAGAAAUGUCGUAUAGAAGUUUAAUAGAAUUAGGAAAUCAAAAUUUUGUAGACAAGAAUUCAAGAAUAGGAGAGCUUAAUAAAAGAAUUGCAAUCAGCUUUGAUUCGUUUAAAGAGAGAAGUUCAAGAGUUUUGUUCAGAAAAAGAUUUAGCAAAGAGAGAACAUUAAAUAGUUUAAUCGGGAUUGAAUAAGGAUAUUAAUAUACUUUAAGAAUAAUUAUUAGAAGCACAGACAAAAUUACAAUAAUUAGAUAGAGAAAUAAGAUUGAAAAAUGAUGAAUUGGUGACAGUUAAUUAAGAAAAUGAUAGAUUGAGAGCAUAAAAUAAAUAAAAAAUAUAGAAUGAAUAAUUAGUAGAUGAAUUAUAAACAAAUUUGACAAUAAAGAAUAAGAUGUUAGAUGAUAAAAACGAUACAAUUGAUGAAUUAAAACAAUAAUUAAAUUAAUUAAGAAAUUAAGAGGGAAAUGCUUCGGAGGAUUAUAUAAAAUUGUAGAAAAGAUAUGAUAGAUAAACAUAGAUAAUUGAUGAAUUGGAAAGUUAGUUACAAUAAAUAUAGGAAGAGUAUGAUUAGAAAAAUAAGGAUUUGAAAGAUAAAAAAUAAUUGAUAGCAAUGUUUGAAAAAGAGAUAGAAGAAAUAGAAAUAAAGUAAGAUAGGGAGAUUAAUGGAUUAAAAUUAGAAAUGCAAGAAAAAGAAGGAUAACUUGCAGAAUUAAUUAAGAUGUUGAAUAAUGCAAAAGAUGAGUUAAUAAAGAAAGAUGAAAAGAUCAGAGAAUUAUUAGUUUAAUAUUAAGGAAUAGAGAAGUAAUUAUUGAUGAUAGAUAAAUAAAAUGAAAUAUCAAUAAAAUAGAAAGAUAAACAAAUAGUUGAAUUAAGAUAGUCUUUGUAACAAAUUCAGGAGGAAUUGAAUUUGAUGAUUUAAGAAAAUAUCUAAUUGAAAACAAAGGCAAGAGAGAAUUUAUAAAAUUUGCAUAAAUUAUUUUAAUAAUGA